AUGGAAUCCGAGCCACAAACCACACCUGAAACUCGCCGACGCCUUCCACCAUGCCAAGUCGACUGCAAAUGGUGGAAGAAGGGCAACUGUUUCCGUGGCAGUGAAUGCUUUUUCCGCCACGAUGCCGCUCUGGCUGGUGUAGAUGCAUUGCCAGGGAGCCGCACAGCCAGUGUAGCAGCAGGAAAUUCCCGCAACGAAACAACUAUAACAGACAACCCUGAUGAACAGUGCGGAAUUUGCUUGGAGACUCCUAGCGUCUUCGGCUUGUUGGUUAAUUGUGAUCAUAUCUUUUGCUUAGACUGUAUUCGCAGCUGGCGCUCUUCCGUCGGGAAUUCUGCUGAAGAUGCGAUCAACCGUACCGAUUCACGUGUCCCAAAAAGAACUACCAAGACUUGUCCACUCUGUCGGGUUAAGAGCGAAUAUGUCGUUCCUAGUUCUGUUUACCCAACUCCACCCACAGCAGCUACUGCUGCAUCAAAUGUUGCUUCAGGGAGCGAAAUUGCCACGACGAGUUCUACAGAAACUGGGGAGUCUAGUAGUGAGACUAGACCAAAGAACGAAGCCAAAGCUAAGAUCAUUGAUAAAUACCUUGCCCGCCUGAAGGGAAUUCCCUGUCGCUACUUUGAACUGAGCAUCCAACGUUGGCGCGAAUUGCCAGCCAUUGAAAACUUGGAUCCAAAUGCCAGCGACAACCGUCAGGCGAAGUUUUCAGGAGAAUGUCUCUUUGGAAAUGAAUGUCAUUUUGCUCACAUCCAUCCUAUCACUAAAGCUCCUUACGUCUUCUCCAAGAAGGAAAUAUCCUUAAUGAAACGUGCAAAUCAUGAGAGGAGAUCCAGGGCCAUCCGUAGAGCGCUUCGCAGACGGACAGGUCGCGCAUUUAUCGUGAGUGAACAUCGCCGAGAACUGGAUCGAAUGCUCGAGGCUCUUAGAGUCGAGGAAGAUUAUGAAAGUAGCACUCCAUCUGAUCUUGUGUCUCCGCUGGAGGACGACGGCCCCGAUGCCUUAAUUGACGCUGGGUUUGUUUUCUAUGAUAUGUUGGUUGGGAGUGUCCCGUGGCUUGUAGAAAGCGACGAAGAUGAGCUUGAUGACUAUUUCUGA